AUGUGCACAAAAGCUUUACAUCUUGAAAUUGUUUCAAGUCUCACUACAAAUGCCUUCUUGGCUGCUUUUAGACGUUUCAUCUCACGCAGAGGACCCUGUACCGAUUUAUACUCGGAUUGCGGGACUACGUUCAUAGGAGCUUCUAAAGAACUACAAGCUCUUCAUCACCGUUCAGAAACCUCUUUGUCUGAUGACCUUGCUGAAACGUUGCAUAAUGAUGGAACAAAUUGGCAUUUUAUACCACCUGCUUCACCUCAUUUUGGAGGUUUAUGGGAGGCAGGUGUAAAAGCAACAAAACAUCAUCUACGUCGUAUAAUGCGCGACCGUGUGCUUUCCUUCGAAGAACUAUCAACACUUCUGUGCCAAAUUGAGAGCUGCCUAAAUUCGAGGCCACUAUGCCCGCUUUCAAAUGAUCCAUCUGAUUUAAACGUGCUAACACCUGCCCAUUUUUUGGUUGGUGAACCUACAACUUGUAUACCGGAUGAAGAUUUGCUUGACACAAAUAUUGACCGCUUGACAAGAUGGAAACAAGUCGAAAAAUUAAAGCAACAUUUUUGGCAGCGUUGGUCAAAGGAGUACCUUUGUCGAUUACAAUCGAGACCUAAAUGGAAUACUGUUAAACGAGAGGCACAGGUUGGUGAUAUGGUUUUACUGUUGCAUGAGCACUUUCCCCAGGUUCGUGGCCACUAG